UAACGGCUCGUCGGCCCUCCACGGAAGACGCGAACCCAGAAAAAUCUCACGAAUUCUCUCGUGGCCGCGGCGACCGGAAGAAGACAACGACGACGGAGGCGGCGGCGAUGGCGUGCCGCGCACUGGCCCUCCGCUCCCUGCUCCUCCCCGAACCGCUCCACCGCCUCCCGGCCGCGGUGCCGCCUGUUGGGAGGGCGCCCCGUGGCGGCCGCCGUCCGCAUCUCCGCUGCUGCUCCGGCGGCGGCGGCGGGGACCCCGGGCAGCCGCCGCAAGAAGCUGUGCUCGAGGCCAUAUCCAAGAUCGCAAGGUCUAAAGGAAGGGUUGCACUCACAACAAAUAUGGUCAUGGGUGGUACUGUGACGGAUGAUGCAAGUGAUGAAUGGCUUGUUCUGGAUCAGAAGGUAAAUUCCUACCCCACAGAUAGAGGAUUUACGGCAAUUGGCACUGGAGGUGAUGAUUUUGUCCAGUCAAUGGUAGUUGCUGUUGAAUCUGUUCUUCAAGAAUCCAUUCCCAAGGGCCGGGUAUCUCAGAAAUUAUCUUCAAGAGGAAAAUAUGUUUCUGUAAACAUUGGGCCAAUUCGUGUUGUUUCUAGUGAGCAGGUCCAAGCUGUGUAUCGUGCCAUGAGAAGAGAUAACAGGAUGAAAUACUUCUUAUGAAUUGCAGUUGCAUGUCCUGCAUGUUCCCUAGUCCAUUCCAUCUUUUAACAUAAGGAGUCCUACAAUGCAUUUUCGCCAUAUUUGGAAUGCAGGCUGGACUUCUGGUGAAUUCCAAAAGGAAAUGGGAAGACUUCUAUGUGCCAUUCAAGCCCAAACUGAUGCUUCUCAAAUAAUCUGCUACAAAACAAUUUGUUGGGUUCAGUUACGUUAUGUAGUGCAGCGGGCGUAUAUAGCUACUAUGUAUGUUAAAGAUGUAUUUUAGUAUUUCAUAUUAGAUGCGUUUUGCUAUUUUAUAAACAAACAGUAUGAACAGCAGUAUAAGUGUUCCUAAAUUAUCGAUGUGUCUUCAAACUUUCAUGCUGCCA